AUGUACGUGACCACGGACGACUCCGACCUCCCCGAAAUGAUGCUCGGCAGCUUGAAAUAUCGGGGUCGACAGUCACCUAACCAAUACCCCGUCUACAUGCUUGCACCUCACCACCAAGUUGAAAACCUAGCACGGGUGGUUAUCUGCGAUCGGUUCUCCGUAGUACACGAUUGGUGGCUUCAGCAGCUCCUCCUGUACCUGAGUCUUCUAACUAUAACCUGUGAAGAUGACGAGGAGGAAGAGGAGAAAGUAGGCUUGGGGGCUCGUCCGCGUUUGUCUCAAAUUGAGUCGACCCCGAUCCGAAACUGGCUGGAGCAGAUAGCGUCGGAGGACGAUUUGUAUAACGAGUAUGACGAAAAAGGCAGUUGGAAUAUGAUUGGUUUUAGGUGGGUCUGUCUGGCGAUCGAAGGCAAAACCGAGUACCUCAUGCGCUUGGCAGAAGAGGAUAUGUCUGAUUUGUCCGAUAGUGACAUUUGCGAUAGUGACAUUGGCGAUAGUGACACUUGUGAUAGUGACAUCCCUGGUAGUUAUUGUUACUGA